AGAAAUGUGGUCACUUAUGAGAGAAAGUAUAACAUAUAUAGAGGGAUUAUUAGAGGUAUAUAAAUUUUGAACAUGCAUCUAAUGGAUAUUAGGAGUAGGUCCAUUGUGGCGGCCAACUCCAAUAAUUUUUCUUAAGAGCACAAAGAAACAAACAGAUGAGGGAAGAAGAAUAGAGGAACAGAGAGUAUAGCUAUGGAAUGACAAAUGGGGUAAAAUCCAAAAAACAACUUUGUUUAGAACUGCGCCUCUUGCAAUCUCGAAGGAAGAAAUAGAUGAGGACCAUUGGCUUUUCUUUUUUUUUUUCUUUGUUUUUUUUUUUUCGUGUUUGGAAUGGUACAAAUAACAGGAUUUUGAGUUUUGUUCAAGUACAUCGAGGGUAUGGAUAAUUGAGGGGAUGAGUUGCCACUUGCCACUUGGCUUGGAGUGCCAUCACUCAUUCCUCUAUCCAGCCUCGAUAACCCCCCUCAGGCUAACUUUGUGACACGUGUCCAUGCAUGCAUGGGCUCUGAUUCUGCCUGGAUAUUCCAUGACUAAGCUUAUCUAUAUAGACUGGCCUUCCGCUUUUGCUCUUUCGUCCCUCACCUUCCUAUCUCUCAUAAUCACAACCUUCCCCUCUCCACUUCUAAUCAUGUCUGCCUUUGUUGGAAAGUAUGCAGAGGAGCUGAUUAAGAAUGCCAAGUUCAUCGCAACCCCAGGGAAGGGUAUAUUAGCAGCCGAUGAGAGCACAGGCACAAUUGGGAAGCGACUGGCAAGCAUAAGCGUUGAAAACGUGGAGUCCAAUCGCCAAGCCCUUCGUGAGCUUCUCUUUACCUCUCCCAAUGCUCUCUCUUAUCUCUCAGGUGUAAUCCUGUUCGAAGAAACCCUUUAUCAAAAGACAUCAGAUGGGAAGCCGUUCGUGGAAGUGCUUCAAGAGAACAAUGUGAUUCCAGGCAUCAAAGUGGACAAGGGAACCGUGGAGUUGGCUGGUACUAACGGCGAGACCACAACCCAAGGCUUUGAUUCCCUUGGGGCUCGGUGCGCACAAUUCUACAAGGCCGGUGCUCGCUUUGCUAAAUGGCGUGCUGUUCUCAAGAUUGGCCCUUCUGAGCCCUCUGAGUUGUCUAUCCAACAGAACGCUCAGGGCCUGGCCCGCUAUGCCAUUAUCUGUCAGGAGAAUGGGUUGGUCCCUAUUGUGGAGCCUGAAAUCCUAACUGAUGGCCCUCAUGAUAUCAACAAGUGUGCUGCUGCUACCGAGAUUGUGCUCGCUGCAGUUUACAAGGCGCUGAGUGACCACCAUGUGCUUCUUGAAGGCACCCUCCUCAAGCCCAACAUGGUCACCCCUGGCUCCGGUAGCCCAAAGGUAGCUCCAGAAGUAGUCGCAGAGUAUACGGUGGCUGCACUUCGUCGUACUGUCCCAGCCGCCGUCCCAGGGGUUGUCUUCCUAUCUGGAGGACAAAGUGAAGAAGAAGCUACACUUAACCUCAAUGCCAUUAACAAAUUGGAAGCGUUGAAGCCGUGGACUCUUUCCUUCUCUUUUGGGCGAGCAUUGCAGCAAAGUACGCUAAAAGUAUGGAGUGGAAAGAAGGAGAACGUUGAGAAAGCUCAAGCAGCCUUCUUGGAGAGGUGCAAGGCUAACUCUGAUGCUACUCUGGGCAAGUACGGUGGUGGCAGUGGCGGCGGGGUGGCCUCGGAGAGUCUGUAUGAGGCUGGCUACAAAUACUAAAUUAACUUCAAUUGUGUGGUUGAAUUGUAUAAUAAUACUACUUGAUCUUCUUUCUGUAUCCUCAAUUGCUCACAUCCCGAGUUUGUGUAUGUAACCAAAGCUCUUUACAUCAUGUCCUUGUUCUCCAUAAUUCAUUUGAAAGGGUAUAUGUUACUUUUUUUUUU